AGGCAUUCAGUCUCAAAUGCGCGAAACAUGCUGAGGUGCGGUUUCACUGGCCUUUGUUUCACUGACGAUUCGAGUUUGGCACCAUGAGCCUUGAUCCGAGCGCGUUCCCGAGGUCGAUUUCUCCUGCCAGCUCCGACAGUUCUCUUACGCGCUCCCGACUACGAGGAAAGGAAGAUGACUUGAAGAAAAACAAGAACUACCGCCGUUAUGCGUCCAGCGUCGAACGGGCCUUGUCGCUGUUCGAUACAGCAUUGCAGGAAUGGGCGGAUUACAUCUCGUUCCUCAGUCGCCUUUUGAAGGCGCUGCAAGCACACCCUCCUGAACUACCGGUGGUCCCUCACAAGGUGUUGGUAUCGAAGCGGCUCUCCCAAUGCUUAAACCCGACCCUACCGUCCGGCGUACACCAGAAGGCGCUUGAAGUAUACACAUAUGUAUUUGGGCUGAUAAAGUCCGAAGGCUUGUCGCACGACCUACCUCUGUACCUACCAGGCAUCGCGCCCACUUUAACAUUCGCCUCGCUUACCGUUCGACCGUUGUUCCUUUCUUUGGUGGAGACAUACAUGUGCCCGCUUGAACCAUGGGCGAUUCGACCGGCCUUGAAGGCAAUCCUGUUGGCCCUCCUGCCGGGACUCGAGGAGGAAACAAGCGACGACUUCGACCCUACGUUACGGCUUAUCAACAAAUUCCGCGAUGCUGCUGGUCAGAUGGAUACACAGAAAACCGGAGCGGAGACAGGAGUUAGCGUCCAGUACUUCUGGCAAUGUCUUUUCCUCGCAUCGAUCACCAGUCCCAGCAGACGGUCCGGUGUUCUGGCCUAUCUGAACCGUUAUUUGCCCAAACUAGGCAUGACUGGCCGCAGGCCCAGUGUGGCGGAAAUGGGGGACUCCGUUGACAUGUCCCCGGACAUGCUCGCUGCAGCCAAUUCUGUCAUUCACCCAGAACCCGGCUUGUUGAUUCGAUGUUUCGCAUCCGGCUUGUUUGAUGAACAAGUACUCGUCCAGCGAAACUUCCUCGACCUGUUGGUGACUCACCUUCCAUUAAGCUCACCAAUAUUGCAGUCGCGGAUUACGAAAGAUGAUCUUCAGCGAUUAAUCAUUGCAGCUGUUGGCGUUGUCGCGCGGCGUGAUAUGAGUUUGAACCGGAGAUUAUGGGCCUGGCUUCUAGGACCAGAGCCUGCAAAUGAACGGUCGUCAUUCGAAGGCCGCAAUUCAACAUCAGAUAACCCUAAGCAAGGCCCUGAUAGCCGCGAGAUCACCCAAUCCGAAUACUUUAAUCGAUUUGGACUGCAGUCUUUAGCCAAAGGCCUUUUGGAGACGAUUGAGCAGGACCUUCGUUUGCCAUCUGAACGGUCAAGGCCUUUUCGAAUGUCACUUUCAUUGAUGGACCGGUGGGAAGUUGGUGGAUACAUUGUUCCAACGGUUUUCCUUCCCAUCAUGAAAAAUGUGCAGGUCUUCGAGACAACGGCACCCAAAGGACAGUUCGACGAAGUUUUCCGCAGUGCUAGCGCGUUCUUUGAUGGGGUCGAAAGUGGUGCCAUUUUCUCUGAACUACUCGAGCUUGUUGACUGGAAAGCCGGCGAUCUGGAGAGUAAACAAGACAAGGUCUUAGACAACCUGAAACUUGCGAACUUCAUACUGGAAAACUUCAAUGUGCGGGAAGAAGACAUGGUCCUUGUCCAUGUUCCUCUACUGGUGCUCUCUGUCCUGGUCAAAAUGAACCAGUUGUCAGCAUUGCCUGAAGAUCGCCCAGUGACUCGUGACCAACGACAAGCUACAUCAAACCUACUGAUCAGGACUGUCAACAAUCUGGUCGGACUGCUUAUAGAACGGGCCUUCUUGAACAAAUCAUCGCACGAGAGGAAGGUGUCAAACGUCAAACAAACUUCCAGUGCUGGACACGAGGACAUCUUGAAUCGGAUACACACCUUCUACGACAAAAGCAAAAAUAGCCUGGAUCUUCCGCAGCUGCCUUUCCUUCCCAAGCAAAUGAGCGAACUCAUUGUUCGAGAAGCCCAUGAAUUAGCCAUAUCCUCUCUGGAAAGCCGUGACAAUAUUUUCCCGAUACAGGAAAGAGUGAACCUUCUCAUAGCUCUCUUGAAGAAGGUUUCCAAGUCGCGUUCCCUUCGCGACAGGCGGUUCUACCUGGCCAUUUGCAACAGAAUGCAGAUGAAUCAGGAUGGAAUAACCCCAGCGUCCUUCUCCGUUGUUUCUUCAGUCACAUCGGCACUGACAAGUCUAUAUUUCAUCCACUCACCUGGCUAUUAUGCCAGCUACGAGGACAUCUCAGAUUUGAUUCCGAUUCUCGUCAAACAGCUUUGGCGGUUCCUGUCGCCAUCGAGUCCCAAGUUCCACGUCGAAGCGGUGCGCUGUCUAUGGCACCUCCAUUCAGUCUCAUGGCAAGACCACUUAGUUGAGGCGUCGAUAACAUCGUUGAUGGUGGGUUCAUUACAGUCGCUGUCCUACCACGUAUCGUCAGAAGAGCAGGCUGGACGAUAUUUUGUUCUCUGGAAUCAUAGUCACCAUGGCACGUACGAACUCCCUCCGAAGCAGGUGAAUGACGUAGGGAAGUCUUCUUUCUCCUAUCAUUCGUCAAUGCUGGAGCGGCCUCUCUUCAUUGUUCUAGAUUUGCUUUCCCAGGGUGCAAGUGAAGCGUCCCAGGCGGUUCAGAUGUGGCUUCAGGACCUACCGUCUAUACACAAGGUAUUCCGCAUUGUUAUCUCAAAUCUCGAUACUCUUUUCUUGCGGGCAGCGCACAACGCGGUUGAAGGACAGAACCUUGCCGUCUCUGGGGAUGAUUACAAAGAGUGCAAUUAUCUCUUCCAAACUGUCUCAGAGAUCAUAUCCGCCCUUUCUCCCAAUGCGUGGAUAGCUCUUCUCCACCACACGCUAGACGACAAAAACAAUAACACAUCCGCAUCAGAGGAACAUCCUGAAGGCAAGAAUGUCCAUUCGACAAUUUUCAAUGCUACCCUCAAGGUCGUUGGAGGACAAAGGCCAUCGGCUUCACAGUCGAAUGCUGAGGAAGUACGACUACAACGAACCUCCCUUUCUGUCAUGCGCCAGCUUCUAUUGGGUCCUGGUGCUGAAGACCUGGCCGACUCGGGUGUUGAUACCUUCCUUGUUGAACAACUUGUUCUUGUGCUGGAAAGAGGUGGCAGUGUCGCAGUCCAAGGGGCAAUCAUUGAUGCUCUGCUCGCGGCAUUGAAGGUCCGAUUUGCUCAGGCAUACCUGCCGCCACCCCCUCCAAGACCAAAACAUCAAAGGACAAACUCCCGAGAUCGCUUGACGAGUCCUUCGCUACUGUCAUUCACCAGUGACAAGGCGGACAAAGGACAUUCGGCUCCUGCCUUGCCCCAGCCUCCUCAACAGCUUAUGGAGUGUCUCAUAAAAGGAAUCAGCUCCCCAAAUUCUCGGGAGAUACUGGAUAAGUGGAUAUUACUUCUUUGCGAGGUUCUCGUCCCGCUCUACUCCAGCUCUAUAUUCCAUAUUCUUUUGAAGCUGGUGGAGUGCUUCUGCAAAGAGAUAGAAUCUUCCUACGAUAACCUGCAGGUAGCCUUCAAGCAAACCGAGAGUUGGCCGGAAGACCGGGCUGAACAUGUGACGAUUGCGCUAUUGACUGGUCUUGAAACAUGUAUCGGGACAGCUCACGAUCGGUUGCUUGUCGAAGAGUCACAUCCUCCAGUAACCAAGAGCCCAGACGCAUCACAAGGAUUCUUCGGGAACAUGGUCUCCGGAGUGUUUACAUCAGACGCAAACCAGACUCGUACAAGCGCCGCAAACAACAGACUCACUGUACUCCUGUGCUUCCAAGAUGCCGUUCGCUUGUGUUUCUCCAUUUGGUCUUGGGGCGCGAGCGAACGAAACGGUCCGCCUCACGACUCUGAGUCCAUGGCAUCGUUCCAAUACACCUCGCUGCGCAUGCGGAACAGGUCACGUCGGAUUCUGGAGCACCUUUUCACAGCAGAAGCGCUUGAAUGUCUCGAGACACUUGUGGAGAUGUGGACCAAAUCUGAUGCCGGGAAUUCAUCACUCAUCUUCGAUUUGCUUCACACGUUGGACGGUUCGCGGCCAAAGAUUGCCAUCCCGGCCAUCUUUAAUGCUAUCUAUACACGGACCAAUCCUCAUGCACUGGACCCGAGUCGUAAAUCUGCAUUGGCGUCCAAUAUUACGGAAAAUGAUCUUGCGGCAUUUAUGGUCACUUACGCCAGGUCGCUUGACGACGAUGUACUGGAUGAGAUUUGGGCAGAUUGCACCACCUUUUUGCGGGAUGUUCUCAGCAACCCAUUCCCUCACAGGCAAAUCCUUCCACGCUUAGUUGAGUUCGCGGCUAUUCUUGGGACGAAACUGGAGAACACGAACUUUGGCGACAACCGGAGGAUGAGAAAGGAGCUCGGGGACGUCUUGCUGCGCCUUCUUACAGCAGUGUUCACGAGCAAGCCAUUCUCGACCGAUUCAGGUCAUGCCAGGAAGAUAUCGCGGGAUUACGAUGGUAUUUCAUCCACGAAUGUCGGACCGGAUGACAUGUUAAGUAUCCUCGCCAUUUCAAUGCCCGCGUUUACAACAACGCUGGGUGACUCAGAUCGGAUCAGCACGGCUACGACAGGCAUAUCCAGCAAUGUCAUCGGUCCAAUAUUGCGUUCACGGCUUUUCCCUAAUAAUGUGAAUCGCAGUGUAUUGGUGCUGCUUCAACAUAUCGCCAAGGUUCCAGCUGCAGCCAAGUCAUGGAAGAAGGACAUAGCAGAUGCCUUUAACGACCAUCGAUUCUUCAGUUCCCAGAUAGACUUGGUGAAAGAUGGUUGGAUGAAUCUUCUGCGGCAGUGGGUGAUUGCGGACAAGGAUCGACUGUCUGAGCUACUGGCUCGUCUUCCUCCGCCCAGCACAGCGGGCCUCAUGUUCGGCGUGGGAGCAUCAGCUGCUCGACUGGAAGCUGACAGGAAAGCGCAGUUGAACCUUCGCAGGAUUGCUUUGCUCAUUUUGUGCGCUAAUGACGACUACUUCGCUGGUGAGCUACCUGGACUUCUUCGCAAACUGGAGGAUCUUCUCGCGGCUACUAGCUCGUCGUCACCUUCUUCUGCGACGAGGGCAGAGAUAUUCAUGGUACUCCGCGCGUUAGCGCUCAAGACGUCGACUACAACAUUGAUUCCAUUUUGGCCGUUGAUCAACACUGAACUUCAAGAGGCCCUUUCUGCAGUACCAGCGGGACAGAACCAAGAGCUUUACAACCCCUACUCGAUGCUACAGGCCUGCAAGGUCCUGGACACGAUGCUGGUCCUGGCCCCCGAUGAUUUCCAACUACUGGAAUGGCUGUUCGUAACCGACACAAUCGACGCGGUCUAUCCCCCGGAUCGCUGGGAACCCAUCGCUCUCGCCGACGAAGUUUCCCAGAGCCUGGGUGUCCAAAGCGGAUCAUCCCCAACCUCGCCUGUGGACGCUAUUGAGUUCAACAAUUCAAAGCGACAACCCUGGCUGACAUCGGACUGGAUCCGGGAGACAGCAAAGGAUGAGAUUGUAGAGCGUGUGCUGCGACCUUUCUUUGAUCGACUCAGCAUCCAUGCGUUUGAGAGUACUUAUACUAUGAGCAAUCCGGAUCUGGAUGUUUGUCGCGAUGAUCUGCUGGCGGAUUUGUUUAAUGAGAGUACUAUGGCGAAUUAGAGAGGUAUUCCAGCCUGAAAGUUUGAGGGAUGUAGUUAGUUUUGGCUGCAUGUGCUUAACUAUGGCGUUCAGGCGUUGCAACCAAGAUCUCUUCUUCCGUGCCUAUUCUUUAGCGCAAAGUAUAUAGAAUUUCUCAAUUAUAUUGCUUAUGUUGUACAUACUUGGCUUCCAAUAAAAAAGAUGUAUCACAU